CUUUGGAAACCCUAACCCCGCCAAGCCCCUCCAAUGGCGGACGUCAUAGACCCCAGCGCGCGCCGCCCGCCGCCGCCCCCGCCCGACAGCCCCGAGGGCCGCGCGCUGCCGCUGCCCGUCCCGCCGCCGCCGCCGCCCGGCGGGCCCCCGCCGACCCGCAAGCGGAGCCGCUCGCCCCCGCGGCCCUCCCUCCCGCCGCCGCCGCCCCUCGGCCUCUCCCGCCCCGAGCGCUACCGCGACCGCGACCGCGACGGCCACCGCCGCGGCAGCGCCAGCCCGCCCCCGCGCCGCCGCCGCGACUCGCCGUCCCGGAGGUCCCCGUCGCCGCCGUUCAAGCGCUCGCGGCGGGACGACGGGUACGACCGCCGCGGAGGCCGCGGGAGCCCCCCUCCACGGUACGACCGCGGUGGAAGCAGAGGCGGGUACGGCGAUGACCGGUACCAUGGCAGGCAUCAGAACCGUCUGUCAGAUUGGCCUGAUUCAGGAUUUGGGGCAUCAAAUAAUGGUACUGGGAUCCAAAGGGAAGGGUUAAUGACGUACAAACAAUUCAUGCAAGUUCUUGAAGAUGAUAUAUCACCAGCUGAAGCUGAGAGACGGUACCAAGAAUACAAGACAGAGUACAUCACGACCCAGAAACGUGCGUAUUUUGAUCUCCACAAGAAUGAGGACUGGUUGAAGGACAAGUACCAUCCAACCAACUUAUUAUCUGUUAUUGAAAGGAGAAAUGAGCGCUGCAAGGUAGUCGCGAAGGACUUCUUUCUUGAUUUGCAAAAUGGAAAUCUGGACCUUGGCCCUGGAAUAACUGCAUCUGCCGCAAGUAAAUCAGGAAAUGGCAGCGAUGGGUACUCUGAAGAUGAUGGAGAUGGUGACAAAAGAAGAAAGCAUGCCAGAGGUUCCUCAAAAGAAACAGAUCCUCUUUCUGCUGCUCCCAAGGCUCAUCCAGUUAGCUCUGAACCUCGACGAGUUCAAGCUGACAUAGAACAAACUCUAAACCUUGUGCGUAAGCUGGACUCAGAGAAGGGUAUUCAGGGGAAUAUUCUGUCAAGUGGUGAUCAUGAGAAGUCAGAUAUAGACAAGUCUCAUAUCGGAUCUAUGGGUCCUAUUAUUAUAGUCCGAGGCUUAACUACUGUCAAGGGCCUUGAGGGCGUUGAGCUCCUUGACACUCUUCUUACCUAUUUAUGGCGUAUUCAUGGAGUUGAUUACUAUGGCAUGUCUGAGACGAAUGAGGCAAAAGGGCUUCGUCACAUGAGAGCAGAUAAUAAGACUACUACUACAACUAAUGUCAGUGCUGCUGAUUGGGAGAAGAAGCUGGAUACUUUCUGGCAGGAAAGGUCGAAUGGUCAAGAUCCCAUGGUUAUAUUAACGGCCAAGGACAAAAUUGAUGCAGCAGCUGCUGAAGUUCUAGAACCGCAUGUCAGGAAAAUAAGAGAUGAAAAGUAUGGAUGGAAAUACGGCUGUGGAGCCAAGGGCUGUACAAAACUUUUCCAUGCUCCGGAGUUUGUUUACAAGCAUUUGAGGCUCAAGCAUCCAGAGCUGGUGUUGGAAGUUACAUCAAAACUCCGAGAGGAACUUUACUCCCAAAAUUACAUGAAUGACCCUAAUGCCCCAGGUGGAACACCAGUUAUGCAGCAAUCUGCACCAGACAGAUCAAGACGGAGACCUGGCAAUGAUAUGGAUAGUCGUAUGAGAUAUGACCGUGGCAGUCGGAGAGAAUAUGAUAGGGCAGAUAGAGAUGGAGGCAGACAUGGUCGAGGUGAUCGUUCUCCAAGCCGUGAUGGACCUGAUGAUCAGAUGUUUGAUGGCUUCCGUGGACGAGGCUCCAAUGCUCCUUUUGCAGCUGAGUUCCCCGCUCCACCAAUAUUGAUGCCUGUUCCUGGUGCUGGCCCAUUGGGACCAUUUGUUCCGGCGCCUCCAGAAAUAGCCAUGCAUAUGCUGAGAGAGCAAGGACCUCCUCAAUUUGAACAAAACGGCAUGCCUCAUGGCAACUCAGGAGUGCUUGCACCGAUGAUGGGUGGGGGCCCAGCACCAAUUAUAGCCAUGCCUCCAUCUUUCCAUCACGACCCUCGUCGUUUGCGAAGCUACAAUGACCUCGAUGCCCCUGACGAGGAAGUUACUGUUCUUGACUACAGAAGUUUAUAGGCUGUGUCUUGUCUGCCACACAGGCAAUCUUGCCAAUGCCUGCUCAAGCAUCUCCACACGUUUUGAGGUUUUUGACCUCCCCGUUAGAUCGAGGAUGUAUUCUUUUACAAAGAGGCAUAGGAGGAAGAUGUGCUAUUUUUCUCGGACACCUGUGGUGUGUUAUGAGUUUGUAACUUGAAUGGCAGGAACUUAAAAUUUGCUCGUGUCC